AUGAAACGCAUCAAUGGAUCAUCGUUGCAUCCAAGUAUCGAAUCUUUUCAAUACCAUAUUUCAUUGACAUCAACACCAAAACGUUUCAAUAAAUCGAACUAUUCACAACCGUUGUCAUCCACUUUGUCGACAUCAAAUAAUUCUCUGAAAAAAUUGGAUUUAUCCAUAUCAGCCAUAACAUUAAUUAAUAAACCAACAUUAAAUUGUAAAAAACCACGUCAACCUCAUCAUCGUAGAAAGAGACGAGGGCCCAUACAUUCGUCUACAGUUAUCAAAUACAUUGACCUUAACGAUUUACUAUACUCAACACGCGCUGUAAGAAAACAACGAGAAAGUACGCAACAUCAAUUUACGAAAAAUGAAAUGAAAAUAUACGUUGUAUAA